AUGGCUCAGCUUCCGGUCGCUUUGGUUACCAGGCUGUUGCAGGCUGCCUUUGAGGGCCAUGCCUUCAGUGCCAAGACGCAGAAGGGCGGGCAAGCCCUGCCCAGCACUGCCACCAAGGCUUCGCUGGCUUUACUCAAGCCGGACCUAGAUACUUCCGAGUUCACGUAUGGAACGUCUCCCGUUGGUCGGCUGCAAAUCAUCAGUGCCAAGAUUCCUUACCAAAUUGCCGGCGUGCCUGGACUUCCAGAACUUGAUCUAUCGGUGGUGAAUCUCCGGGUCACUGAUCUUGGUCUCGAUCUCAGCUACAUGGUGACCUCGGCGGAGAAGAUCACUCUCAACGCUGCUGCCAAAAUCGUCGUGGCCAACGCAGCCAGCGGAAGCGGACUGGAGCUCAAGCUGUCCUUAGAGAUGACCGACUAUCUUGCUGAGCUGAGAUUCGGGGCUCAAAAUCUCGAGUCGAUUGUGGAUCUCGCCAAAGUCAUCAUCUUCUUAACUGUCAAUUUUGACAACUGGAAGUCAUACUUGCCUUCGGAGCUGAGGUUGGACAGGAUCGAGAAUCCAGCAACUACAAUCACUGUCUCAAACCCCACAAAUGCAGCUCGCCAUCAUGUCAAGGUCGAAAUCGAGUUCCAAUACAACUUUGUCACCAUCAAAACGACACUAGCCGAAGGGGAAGUCGAAGUCAAGAGAUACAUUGGCUUCCGAUUUGUCACAGAGCCCAUCGCCACCUCCUCCAACUUUGACGUCCAGCUGGAUCUGACUUGCGAAAGUGGUCUUAGUGUCGAUGAUAUUGUUUGCACGGUUGGCCUCAAUCUUGAUACCAACAUGACAACUUCAUUCCCACCACUGGAGGCCCUGGUCAAGAAAAGCAAGAUAAAAUAUUUGUCUCUCGGGAUGGCAUUGGCUUCUAGCAAAGUCAAAUUUAGCGACUGGAGAGUGGAACUCAUCGACGAGGAGAUGGCCAUUGUUCCCAAAUUCCACCUCCAUGACCUGCAAUGGAACAUUUCGAAGCUACUUGGGGGAAGCUUCAACUGCGAAGGCCAGGCAGGGUUCUACAGGGAGGCAGUCGACAAGUACUUCUCAGUGAGCUGUCGAGUUCCUCAAACGGUCAUUCCUGAAUACAUUGCAGUGGAUGCUCCGCGAGGCCUCACCCUCACCGAGCUGAUCAAGUGUUCCUCAGACCUGAGCGCUGUCCCGAUUGUUAAGGAUCUCUUUGAUUUCCAGUUGAACAAAUUCCGCGUGCAAGUUGGAUACAAGAGGCUUCCUGCGGGCGACAAGCCGACAAACGACACCAAGCUUUCUGUCUUGAAUUUUAUCAACCCUCCGCUGUCAUUCACACGGUACACUGAUGACUACUUUUCUUCAUCCGGCGGUAAAUCGGUCAAGACUUUCUCGGCCAAAGCCACUCUCUAUGGACGAUCCUUCACUGGCAGUAUAGCAUACCUGUCAAGUGAUUCUUUACUCUACGCGGAGCUCAUUCCUAUGAAUCGCGGCACGGAGGGCUCCAUCCUCAUCAACACCGCCGACAAGUGUAUCGAUAAGCUGGAUAUCGUCUUUGAGAAGGUUCAGUCCGUUGAGUUGAACAAGGCAUCCGGCGCUCUUGUGUCGGUUACGUCCUUGGAGCUCCACUACUAUAGAGGCGAGCCAAGCCCGCCGACAACAAGAAAUCACCAACCAGGCCAACGGUACGAACGGUACGAACGGCCCUGUAACGUCAACUCCGGGUCCAGCUCAGAAUAG